GUCACAUCUGCGCGACGGUCAGUUGUAGUUUACAUGAAAAAAGAAGAAUCUGCGGUGCUCCGGCUCUGCUGCAGCAAAUCAGAUCCACCCCGACGGUUUCACACUGAUAUUUGACCUGAACCCGCUACUCCUGCUCUGUAAAGCGGGCACUCAGUGAACGGGGACAUCUUAGAGACAGCGGGGCUCGCGGGGAGGUGACACCUGGCUGCUGCACACCUGAGUUCAUUCAAUGAGCUGUGAUUAGCUUUGUUUUGGUUUUUCUAUCCACACAGAGAAAAGGCGCUCAGCUGUCAGUCUCAAAGUGUCGCGGUCUUUCUUCUAAAGCUCCAAGCUAACGGUAAGAACUCAGGGGUCUCACCUGUCUGUGAGAAAAACCCUGAUCCGGUUUAUUCUGUCCACGCUAACAUGCUAACUGUCCGGCUAACGGCUAAAACCGCUAAUACGGAGAUCUUUAUAAUUUAACCAUUCUGAUUAAUUUAGAAGACUUUUAACGACAGGACAGAAUAUUUUUCAUUUUAAAGUAUCCUCAAGAGUUGUGUUUGCAGUUAUGUUGUACUUUAUUUUAUUUAAAAUAUGAAACCCUGACGGUGGCGGCGCUAAUGCUAAGCGUGCUAACGCUAGCAUCGGGGGCGACUAUUUACUGCAGCGGAAUUAAAUGCUCCCAUCAUGAACUAUUUACUUCACAUGGCACGUUUUAACACCAUAAGUCUUCAUUUUAAACGCCAGCUCUCCAGGUUGCAUCAUUAUUCUGCUCGCUAUGCAUUAGCAGUCCGGAUCCGGAUCUGUGUUGAAAGGGUGCUGGAUGUGUUUGAGGCUCUUGAAGACGCUCAUCCACAAAAAAGGGUCUUCAAGAUACUCAGGCAUGUCCAGAAUUGGAUAACCAUGACCUAGAUGAAUAAGAACCUGCAGAAACAUCAACAGAGUAGCUCCCAUGUGUACCUGGGUCCACAUUGUAACAGGGGUUGUUGUGAAAUGAGGGCAUACUUCUGAGUAUAUGAAUGAAAAUAAGGAUUAUUUUAUUUAGACAGCUCUGUGUUUGCUGAUUUAACAAACCCUGGUCUUCAUUUUUGAUUAACAUCAUGUUUCCACUCCUAUAGUAGCUGACAGGAUAGAAUUAAAACUGUCUGAUGUGUUAUAUUUUAAUAAUUUUAGUCAUAUUUCACCCCUGUGUUUGUGUCUGUUUUGUUUGCCGCACUCUCUAUUAAGUAUUAUAUAAGGAUCUUGCUACUGAUAGUGUUUUUUCAGCUGUUUUGUGUGUUAUAAUAAUGUACAUUACACUCCUGUAGGGCUGGGUGAUAUAACGAUAUAUUAUUAAAAAUUAAUUUCCCUCAAUAUCGAUAUAAAACGUGGUCAAUAUGCUUCUUGAUAGUCAACAUUCUGCCAUCUUUUGGUAGACUAUAUGAAUAGCCAGUGAAAUGGGGAGUUUCUUGUAGCAAACAACUGUGUAGUAGCAGGCAGCAGCUACACACAAUCAUAACACUUUAACAGGUGAAGCUGACAGCACUAUUAGUGAGGAAAAAAAGAAACUGAGUGGCAGAAAUGCAGAUGAAGGCUCAACAGAUGACGACAUCGUCGACAACACUGGCAUGAAAACAUUGGUGGUGUGGAGGUAUUUUGGUUUUUGAGGUCAGACAUGAAGCAGAGUAGUGUGCACUGCAAAUUAUGUCGAGUACAUGUUAAAUUUCAUUUAACAGUAAAGGUCCUUACACACCAGGGCUGACACGAAUAUAGAAAGGGAAAUUACGAAAUAUUCAGAGGCAAAUUUUUGACGCACCUUUCUAUACACAUCAAGCCCGAUGUGAUUUUGCGACUUUCCGGGGGGAAAAAGACUUUUUCUGGGGAAAGUCCCGCCUCCUUCACCUCUGAUUGACUAGAAAAGCUGGAAACGUCAUCACACGUUCAAGCCAGACGGUCAGCACUUAUAGCCAAUCAGAGGCGAUGAGAUAAGCACAUGAAACUAUGGUAACAACUGUUAGCUUAUAUUAGCACAGAUGAAAGUUAAAACAAAGACGUUUAGCGAACUGUAAAAGCACACAAACUAUUGUCAUAUGAGAAAUCCGACGCUAUGACUCUCCACAAGUUGUUCCUUCAGGUCGUUAUCUUUGUAAUAUUUGUGUCUUAUAUCAAAAAGCACUCUGUUCUCCGACACGUAAACAAUCAGCCGAUUGGCCAUGUUGGAUAUACCGGUGAAUCUGACGUUGCAACAACACGCAAUCUGAUCGGUCAGAAGUGGACACACAGUAUGCAAAACUUAAGAAAAAUUGACUGUGAUCCGAAAAAAUAAAUGCAGCAAUAUCGUAGAAUGGGAAAAUGUCCCUGAUGUGAACGCUUGUAUUGACAGGAUACAGGUUCGAAAAAAAAUAUUGACGUCCGAAAUAAUUGCACGAAAAAAAUGGUCUCGGUGGGAAAGGAACUUAACAGGGAACAUUUAAGAUUGACAAGUGAUUUUUUAAUAUCAAUAUAUCAACAUAUUAAUAUCAACUGAUAUGAAAAAAAUAUAUUGUAAUAACCUUUUUCCCAUAUCGCCCAGCCCUAUACUAGUGUGAAAUACACUGUGCACUAAUAGUGAAAAUUAGGACCAGCACCAGUGUCAUUGUGCAAUACAGUCAUUUAGCUGUCAGCGUCUUCAAUAACUCAAGGGGCUCUAAAUCUUUUAACUGAACAGUCAGUGAACACUUACAAUGUUCAUUUUAACCUGCAGUCAAUGGUUACAUUUAGAAGAAAUCAUCAUCAGAAAAAUGACAGCUGCAGAUAUAAUCCACUGCUUGAGAUCAGGCAAAAAUUAGAGUUUCUCCUAAGGCCUGACAUCAACUGUUCCCAGGUUGCUGAAUGCUAUGAUGUUUAUGUCAAUGGCAGGCACAUUUUCACAAAACAAAUGACAAAUAGUACAGCACCUCAAUCUCAAAACAAAGUAUGAAAAUCUUAGAUUAAUCUUUGGGUUAAAUGAUCGUGAAGGCGGAUUUGCUGUUUGAUUUUUGCUUAAAGUCACAGGAGAAAUGAUGCCAGGACGUAAGGGGUGACUGACUUAACGUGUAACCUUUGAAAAGGAAAAUCUGGACUGUGAUAAAAAGAAUUAAAAAAAACGUUCUUAACGGAGAAAGAAGACUAUCAUUUUUGUUAUUACUGCUUCAGCUAUGUAACUGGCUGCAGUGUCAUAUGUAAAUGCACAAGGCCAAUUUUUAAAAGUGCAUUAUAGUGGGAAAUGAUAUCUGUGUCAGCAGGUAGCAGUUUAAAAAUAAUUGGUACCGCUAGAUAUGAUAAUUUUUGCAGAUAUGAUUAUUGGCCACAAAGGUGGAGUAUGAAUUACGCACAGAUUUCGUAGAAUCAAUCAGUCAAAUGCCUUUUUUUUGCCUGGUUCUGAAAUAAACAGACUGUUGUGAGAUGAGUUAUUAUCAUUAAGUUCUUAUUUCAAUGAAAACAGGUGUGUCAAUAUCUGCUUCAAUAUCAGUAUCAGCCAAAAUGAGAUAGAAAAUAUCUUUGUGUCUGAUAACAUUCCAGAAAAGACACUAACAGAGAUCAGUCUUUUUUUUUUACUGUUACCUUAAACGUAAUGUUGGGCUCUAAUUAAACUAUGAAUCCAAGUGAUUUUGAUCUGACUCUCUGCUUAUGGAGCAGCGUUUGAGCUUGUCGACCAGGGCGGUGAUAAUGCUGCAAACAUGAGGUCAUACAGCGGACAUCAGGCAUGUUAUUUACUGAUGUGGGUGUGGAACUUUCACUCACUGUACACUGUGUUUGUUGUCUGCAGGUGACGAGCUGGCGCAGGUAGUGGGUUGUUCGUGGAUAAUGCGAGACAGUGGCGGCAGCCUGACCCAGAACCGCUGGCAGGGAGACCUGGGUCUGACCGCUGUGGGACAGGACGACACCGGAGGAGGUGAGACUCAUCACCUCUGAGUGAAAGUUUGGAAGGAUUGAGCAAUAACUGUCUUAUUAAUAACUCUAUUUUAAAAUUUCCCUCAGUGGAGAUUCACACAGACUUGUAUGACAGCAGGAUAAUAUACUUAAGAAAUAAGAAACACUUAUUUAUUUUUGGAACAAAACCAGCCAAGACAAGAAACUUUGAAUUUUUAACUCUAUGCCGUGGUUUUAGAACCAGACAGUAAUAUUCAAGUUCUGCUCUUUCUGUGCUCAGGUGGAAUUCCCGGGGACCUCAUAGUCCCGGUGUCGGGUCACAGCGUGCCCACCCCAAUGCACUUGAGGCUGGGGCAAAAGGAGAAGGUGUGGACUGGAGAGUAUGUAGACGAAGAGGAGGAAGAGGAUGGGAUGGGACGGAUGGAGGCGAUAGGAGACGAGGAAGAAGAAAACAACCUGGACGGCGAGGAGGAUUACGAGGGGAAGAGUUGGGAGAACAAUGACGAAGAUGAAGAAGAAGAAGAAGAUGAGGAGGUGGACGAUGAAGGAGACCACGAGGAGCUGGACUGGGACGUCCCAGAAUUCCCCUCCCAGUCUGACCCUCCCUCUCACCCACAUUAUGGACCACAGCAGCAGGUGGAGGCAGGCAGAGAUGUCCCCGUGGAGGACUUGGCCUCCCAGGCUGAAGCGCGGGAGUUGUUGCGGUUCCACUUGAGCAGGUACCGGACCCUAGGGAGGCUCAAACGCUGGCAGCGUCUGCGGACCCGCAAGGGUCUGGGAAUCCGGCUCAUCCAGCACUGGAAGAGCUGGCGUCAGCGGGCCGAGUGGGUCGGCUCGCAAGGGAACAGGUUCGGUCGGAGGAUGCAGAGGUACAGCCUGUACGGCAAGCAGAGGAGGACAAAAAGGUAUAGACAAUCACAGUUCGCAGACGGAGAUGAAAACAGCAGCGACGAACGGUUCACAGAGUCAGACAGAGGUACUCACUCGCAUGCAUGGUUUUACUUCAAAACAGUUCAUGUAGAGUCUUCCCUCUUUCUGUAAUUGUGGAAAAUAUUGACCGAUCAACUGAAAACUGAACAAAUUUCCUAUCUGGUUUCUUUGUGUGUCAGAUAAAGGGUUAAACGGAUGCUCUGUAGACAAGCAGGAGGACCGGGGGAGACGGGAGGUGGAGGUGAAACCUCUGGAGCUGGCCCUCACUGAAGAACACAUGAGCUGUGUGACAGGUACAGCUGCAGCUUCAACUCUCACAUUCAUCUAAUAACUAAGGAUUUUAUGAAAAUAAUGAGGGAUUAUCUUAUCUUGUUAAAGAUGUAAAUUGUUUUGUCUUAUUUUGUCUUGUAGUAGAUUUACAACCCCAAUACCAAAAAUUUCAGCAUGAUUCCUGUAACCUGAAUGCUGUUUGAAAUGUUGAUUAAAACCAAAUUUGUUGGUUUUAUAUUGAUUAAAAAUUCUAUAUUUUAAUGAAAAUAGAGCAAAGACAACACAUCAGUUGUUGAAAUUGAAAAAUGUGAUUAUUUAUGAAGAAUGUCUGCCCGUUUAAACUCUAAUGCCUGCAUUGUUCCUCUAAAAAGUGGUUCCAGGUUCAUGUUUCUCAUCGUGUGUCCUCAGCUCUUCUUUCUCCAACUCUCUGUAGACCUAAAUGAACCCAGCUGACCAGGUUUUGGAGUCUGACAGUGAAAUCUUGUCUCAUUCUUGCCUGAUAGAAGAUUUCAGCUGCUCAACAGUUCAGGGUCUCCUUUGUCCUGUUUUUGGUGUCAUGAUGCUCCAAAUGUUUUCAAUGGGGGACAAAUCAGGACUGCAGGCAGACCAGUUUAUCAGCAGGACUCUUCUACUACAGAGCCACGCAGCUGUAAUCCCUGUUGUCAGAAUGUGGUUUGUCAUUGUCUGGAUGUCAGCAGAUGUUGCUCCUAAACCUGUAGAUAUUGUUCAGCAUUAAUGGAGCCUUCACAGAUGUAGAAGCCAUCCAUGACAUGGGCUUUAAAGAUUCCCGUACCAUCAGGGAAGCUGGAUUUGGACUGGGAGCUGAGAACAAGCCAGGUGGUCCCUCUACUCUUUAGAGAGGAGGAUGCAGUAUCCAUGAUUUUUUUAAAAGAAUGUCCAGAUUUGGAUCAUCAGUCCACGGGACUGUUCUUCUUCCUCUCAGUCCACCUUAAACGGGUUCAGGUUCAGAGAAUCUGGUGUUUCUGGAUCCUGUUCCUAAAUCUGUUCACAUUCAGUGGUUUUUGGAAGUGAUUUUGAGUCCAUGCAAUGAUUUCCAGUACAGAGUUCUGUCUGUUUUUAUUGCUCUGCUGCCUGAAGGCCUGGAAAUCACUGCCAAAAGUGUCAAGUAACAAGAGUCUGUCUUCCCUGGCGCCCUUAUCUAGCAUGUUGUGGAGAUGAUAGUUUAUUUAUUCUGCUCCUGUGUCUCUGAUGUUUCUGGUGUUUUCAGGUAUUCUUGAAGAGUCUCUGCAGCAGUACGGCAGUUUGAUCCCCAUCCAUGUGGACGACAUUGUGGAGAAACUUCAGGACAUGUUCAAUGAGAGCUUCUCACAGCCACACAGGUCAGAAACUCUCCACUUCCUUCAGAGUUUAAAAAUAAAGGCAUGUUUCAAAACUUUUGUCUAUCUUCAUCAUAUUUAUAACAUGAAAGUCUCCUUUAGAUGAACCAAUACCUGACUCUUUGGCUUUGACAAGCUUUGAGCUCACAAGGCAUGAAGUUUGGGCAUGUUUUAUUUCUCUGAGGUGCCCUGAUGAAGAUAAAUCAUUAAAAUAUGUGACUGGCUCUUUUGUAAACUUGUUUAACAGGAAAGCAGUGGUGCAGCACCUAAUACAGUCCUUCCAGCGCUCGUCGGGUUCAGCUCUCGCUAAAACAUUCAGAGUGAACUAUAAACGCCACGUUCUGACCAUGGACGACCUGGGAACUCUGUACGGGCAGAACUGGCUCAAUGACCAGGUACUGAACACUUUUGUUCAGGCUGUUUUGACUCACUAUUGCAUUUGCAAAUCACAGGUGAGCCAUGACAGAGAGUUUGCUGACACAGCAGCAGGAUUCUGGAGUGAGCUAAGCUCAGGUGGAUGCAGUAGUUGUGGUUUAUGUUUUUUCUAUCCUCAAAUUUGACCUUCAAAAGUCUUUGAGGAGGUUUAAAACAAACAUUCAUGACUGUGUGUGAUUAACUCCUGUUCCCCAUAUGUAACUCUGAACAGGUAAACAUUCAGGCUCCAAAACACUCACAAAAGAUUGACAUGGUACAGACAAUACUGUAUGACUGAGACCACAGAAGAACCAUUGGUUUAUUCUAUCUAGAAAUCUCAAAUCCUCAUGAUGAAUCAGACUAAGGUGCAUGUAUGUAUGAAUACAAACUUCUGCUGCAGUUUUCUCUAAAACAUUAUAGUGUGUUAUUUCUGCCCAACAAACACAAGGACUCUGCAAAGUUAACUCACAUCAGUUUACACAUACUGUCACUUUUGCAAUUGUGAUUUUGUGCUGAAAAAAGUUUCUGCAUCUAUUUUUUAAAAACUUAUCCCCUUUGUAACCCAAUCUCCCUCUGUUGUCGUUUUCUUCAGAUUAUGAACAUGUACGGGGACCUGGUCAUGGACUCAGUACCAGAGAAGGUGAGGAAAUGAAUGUUGCAGUCUCAUCAAGGGGUCCGGUUUGGUAGAGUACAGUACGGGUUGAAUUCUGCAGACUGUAUCCUACCCUGGAAAGUGGCAGGAACUGCAUUGGAUGCAUCACGUCCUCUGAGUGGCUUAAUUUUCAGCUGUAGUGCUGCAAUAUUAGAGCGCCGACCAGGGCAGUCACGAUUGUUAGAAUAUUUGCCCAUCUUGAUUAUUAUUCGGAUUUGCAUCUUUCGCGAUUAAAUAUUUGCGAUCACCGUCAACUAUUUAUUUUAUCCACAAAGUUGCAUAAAAUAACCGUAAAUCUGAGUCUGACGUCAUCGUGUUGCAUCAGCAGCCGCAGCUUUCUCCGUCGCAGCCAUAUGUUGUUUACCUCUCGUCUUGGUCGGAUGGGCAGCGACUCCAGGUCAGGAUGGAGGAUGAGGAGGUUCAGGUUCCAAAGCCACGUACCACGGCACUGCUGUGGGUGCAUUUCGGAUUUAAGCCGAACGAUAACGUGGAGGAAUCGAUAUGUAAACUUUGCCAUAAAAAAGUGCAGGUCAAGAGCGCUAACACAACAAAUCUGAAACAACAUCUCCAGACCCACCAUCCACAGCAAUGCGGCAAACUUGGAAAGACCACACCAGUGCAAUCAGCAGCCAGUGCAUCCUGUCAACUGGCUCUUGGCAAAUUUAUUAUUCAGUAUAAUUUACCAUAUACUCAUCAAUCGCAAUUAUUUGUCUGACAAAUUAUUGUCUCCAGAAAUUCCUAAUCGUGACAACCCGAGCGCUGACGCAGGCUGUGCAUUUCUGCGAGUUGUGCAGAUCAUGAUCAAAAAUACACCGAAACAUGAUUGGCAAUAAACAAAGGUUACACUCACUGUCAGCUAUAUCUCUGUCACAAGCCUGAAAAAUACACUAUGGUUGUGAAAGCUCUUCUUUUGGGGAGAGACUCCUCUGAUUUAACUGAUCAAAUAAAUCGGGUCGGGAAGGACAAGCAGUAAUUCAAGAUGAUCGCUCCUCUUCCUUCUUCUCAAUCAUUAUACUUCAGGCUCAAAUAAGCACUCUUGGUGUCCCAGCAGAAGGGCACCAGAAAAGUAGUAGGGUACAGGUUGGUUACUGAUCUUCACCAGAGCGCUUGGUGGAAACACAGCUAAAGAAACGUCACAGAUUUGAAGUUAUUAUAGGGGACGUUUGUCCCUCAUAGCGUGAAGUCUGCCCUGUUAAUAUUUACAACAAUGAUGAAGAAUGAAACCACCAAGACCAGCAGCAGACACAUGAGCAGACACCCUCUCUGUUCCUGUCUGAAAAAAUGAUUUAGUUAUUUAUUAGGUGUCACUCUUUUCGGUGUCCUGCUGUAUUCUUUCAUCAACUCACUCCAGCUUCGCACAGAUAUUUCAGUUUUAGCCUGGAAAAAAUAAUCUAGGUUAAAUGAUGGCGAACACGCCAUUUGUUUGCAAAGUUCUGCAAGUGUAGUGUAUACAUACUCUAAAGAAGACCUCUGUCUAACAUGCUCAGAGUGUUUUGUUUUCAGGAUGUUUGUUGUUUUGGAGAUUUCUCAACGCCCUCUCUCUCUCUGUUCCUCCUCAGGUUCACUUUUUCAACAGCUUCUUUUACGAUAAGCUAAGGACAAAAGGAUAUGACGGGGUCAAACGAUGGACGAAAAACGUGAGUGGAUGAAAAAACCUUGAAUUUAAUUAGUCAUAAAAUCUUGGAUAUAAAAUACGACACAUCAUAUAAUUUUAACUGGAGUUUAUCUGUACUGUGUCAGUAUUCAGCAGAUGGUUAUUCAAACCAGUAAUCCCCCCUUUUACUUCUCUCUCUUGCCCUCAGGUUGAUAUCUUCCAGAAAGAUCUGUUGUUGAUCCCGAUCCACCUGGAGGUCCACUGGUCUCUGAUUAGUGUGGACAUCCCCCGUCGAGCCAUUACCUACUUCGACUCUCAGCGGACUCUCAACAGACGCUGUCCAAAGGUACGACUAAAGUCAGGGUUGAAAACAUGGAUUAUAUUCUGUUGGUAUAACAUGGGUGUGACAUCAGUGACUCUAAUAUCCAUAAAAAAUCAGAGUUCAGCUGGAACAACCAGAGCAGAACAACCAUCACAAAGCUUUAGUCAUCAGUGGUACCGGUUUCAGAGAAUACUAACUGGUGUUGCUUUGCUUUCUCCCUCUACUCUUUCCUCUGAAUCGUUUGUUUGUUGCAGCACAUUCAUAAAUACCUUCAAGCAGAAGCCAUCAAAAAAGAGCAGCGAGACUUUCUGACAGGAUGGAAAGGAUAUUUUAAAAUGGUGAGAUCAUUGUAUUUUGUCUUGACACAGAUUCAGGUCUUAAUAACUCAACAACAAAAGGAUAUUCUCUACGGGUAGGGUGUGUAGCUGCUGCUGCGAGUCAUACGCACUUGACUGUGUUUUCCCUAAUGUAGUUUGAUUGUGUGUUUCAGAACGUCGGGCGCCAAAACAACGACAGCGACUGUGGGGCUUUUGUGCUACAGGUGAGUUUCCUGUGUUUGAGCUGAGGUCUGUUUACAAAGAAGUGUGAAAAUAACACUGUAUGAUGUAAGUUACUUACACUGUGUGACGGCUUCAUCCUGCAUUAUAGAAAUAUGUCACAAAUAAAACUUUUGUGUGACUUUCCAUAAAACCCAAACAUCACAUUGAUGGAGCGAUUAGAGUCCCAGAUAUCCGUCUGAGAUCUCAGCUGUUUCAAGCAGCUCCAGUUGGCUUGUUGGGAAGAUAAGAAACGAGUUUUGCUCAAAUCAGGACAUGACUGAUCAGUGUAAAGGUAACAUUUAGUAAACCAGAACACCCUGUUCUGUUCUUUGUUUGAGGGUGAGUGAGGUAAAGGAUCCUUACAGAGUCUAUUACCUGAUUAGGCUGUUAAACAUUUAAUAAAGGAUCAUUAGUCGAUUAUCUCAAUAGCAGUUAGUUGCAGCCCUAGUCAGUACCUACCAAGAGAGGUCCCACGGAGGAAGACCAUGGUCGGGGUCAUGGGCGUCCAAAGUUCAGUAAUGUGAGGCUGGUUCAUGUGGUCGAAUCCAACAGAAGAGGUGCUGGAGUUCAAAGUGCAGAAAAAGUUCAAGCUGGAUCUGAGAGAAAGGAGUCCAAACAUACAGAGAAUCACAGUUUAUAUGGGGCUGUAGAUGGCUUGGGGUGUGUAAUGGAGAGUAAAGGGAGAAGUUUUCAGACCUUGUUUGGCUCUAACUGGAGAAGGGGGUUCUUGAGGGCAACCACUGAAUGACAAGUCAUCACCUCAGAGUGUUUGAGCGUAAAACAAAAGUCUGAUUGUUUCAUAUGCAGAUUAUUUCCUCUACGGUCUCGAUGUAGACCACGGUUACUGUCAGUUUACUUUCUUAUCAUCAUCAAAAAAACAACAACAAAGCAGCAGAAAUGUGUCAAACUUGGACUCUAAAAUGAUCCUCUUCAAACCACCAGUCCCAUCUUGCAGAGUGGAAACACACUUUGCUUUCCCUGCUGUUUUUCUUGUGUAUUUAUUGUCUUAUUGUUGUGUAUUAGUUGUGUAGUUGUCAGUAACCCUCGUCUCCCUUUCUUUCUCUCUCUCUCCUCAGUACUGUAAGUGUCUGUCGCUCGGGCAGCCGUUCAGCUUCGGGCAGCAGGAUAUGCCUCGCCUGAGGAGGAACAUGUACAAAGAACUGUGUCACUGCAAGCUCACCCUGUGACCCGCCAUACACUACCUACCCCUGCCCACCAUCUCCACCUGCUCCCACCUAAUCCCGACUACACGAAGAGACAAUGAUAUAACAAGAAGAGGACACAGGGGAGCAAGGAGUGACUGGAGAACUUGACAAAAACUUUAUUUUUCUCUGCCGACAUCCAGAGAUUCUUCUUCUUCUUCUUCUUCUCUUGUAGGUGACUUUGUUUUGUCUCUCCUCUCCUUCCCCCUCUCCACCCUUUUGAAAACUCUUUGAUUUCCAUGUCACGGUUAUUCCUUUGUGGUUGACAGAGGCCAAGACUAGCUUCCAUUUUUUUUGGGGUGUGCUUACCUUCCAUCCUUUUUAAAGUCCAACCGUGUUUCUCAUUCUGAAUGAAGAUCAUCUAAAGAGUCCAGAUGAAGGUUGGACCAAAGUUAGUCUUUCACAUGAAAUGCCUGAAGCCUGAGCUGCUGGAGGAUGAUUUGAAGCUGUCUGUGUGUAAGCCUGUGGUUGAAUAGUACCAGUGGACUAUGAUGCCUUUCAUCCAUCCAUCCGUACAGCGUGCUGUGCUGCUUCAACAAGAUGACAGUGAGAAAACAUAAAGCUGUGCUCAGAGCAGAAAUCACCUCAAUUUUUUUAAGAUUUAAGAGCCUACUGGUGCUGAGAAGGCCACACUGAACUAUUGGCUGAUAUUUCUUUUAUUAGUUUCGUACAUUUCAAAUACACAAACAGAACAAAACUAUACCUAUAAUUACAGUGAUAAGUGAUUUUAAGACGGUUGAAGAAGUCUUUUUUUAAACAUCUUAAGGACUAAUAAUAUCAUUGAGUCAUAUUCACUGGAAAAACUCAAAACUAUCCAUGUGUUUUGGUCUCGUUUCUAUAAAAAGAAAAAUUUUAUUAGAUUUAACAGAAGACACAUUCACUGAUUUUCAAGAUAUUACCAGCCAAAAUUCAGAUCUGAGUAAAGAAAUAUUGGCUAAGGUGUUAAGAGAAUGCUACUCAAGUUUCCUGACAUAAGUAGAAUAUCUGAUUUACUGACAUUUCCUAUUUAAGCACUUGGGAGCUGUGUGACAUCUAGUUAAGUGACGUCACCUCAAUGUAACCCCGCUGUUAGCACAACAGAGACAACAAACUCAAGCAACUUCUAUGUAGCUUCAGAUAUGGUCAUGGCUUGCCCUUAAAUUUGAUUAAAAUGGAGUUAUUUAAUCUCAGUCUAAUAAAUGUUUGUUUUGGGUUCAUAGACUCAUAUCUGUUGGUUCGAGUAUGAAACUAAGACUCUGUGAGGACAGGUAUUCAGAGUCCAAAUGCAAAAAAAAUGUCCACUUUGUUGGUCUGAGCACAGCUUUACUUUUUAAAAACAAGUCUAAACACACUCCCUCAAGCUGCAGCUGUUGUAUCAUUGAGGAUGCUUCUAUCCAGUGAGCACGUUCGCUGCUGUAGUGGGACGUGACAUUUCCAGUGUAAAAUAUUUGUUUAUCGACUUCCUUCUCGUGUUUGGAUGGAAAAGUGAUGCUGAAAGUGGAACCCAAAGGAGGCGACCAUGUUUAAGUGCAUUUUUCAGAGGGUUAUCUGGAACGUGACACACUGCCUCCUGCCUUCAUCGCUCUUCCUCCACGUACAAACUGAACACCUCCACGUGCGAGACUGGAUCUGCAUCAAUGCCCAGACAAACCCAGAACGAGUCAUUGGCCCUCAGAAAGGGUCUCUUUACAUUGCAUUUAUCUUUUUCUGUGUUUAUCUCUGUCAGUAAACGUGUUGAUAUGCUUCUUGCUUUAAACAGACGGUGUUAAACAGGAGGACUACUGCUUUGUGUUGUUUAGAAGGAAGAACAGAAAGAGAUCCUCGGGCUUUAAAGAGCCGUUUAGUGAGGACCACGACAGACAGACAGAUCCGGUUACAGUACCCUCCUCUUCUUUUUAUAACAGAAGACAAAACUUGUUGAUAGCUGUGUGUUUUUGUUUUGUUUCUUUUUUUUCAAACAUGAGUUGAUGCAACAGAGUUGACAGUUUUAUAUAUCUUCUACAAUGCAUUAUGGUUGCUAAAAAUAAAAAUACGCAGCAAAGAA